UGUUCUUGACUUAAAUGCAUUUGAACGUCAGAACAAAGCAGAAGGCCUCGGCAUGGUGACUGAGGAGGGAUCAGAUUUUCAGAAUUACCUGAGAACUCAGACUGGUAACAACACAACUGUUAAUAUUAUCAUUUCCACUGUGGAUUACUUAUUAAGAGUUCAGGAAUCCAUUAGUGAUUUCUAUUGGUAUUACUCUGGGAAGGAUGUUAUUGAUGAGCAAGGACAACGAAAUUUUUCCAAAGCUAUCCAGGUUGCAAAACAAGUUUUCAAUACUCUUACAGAGUAUAUCCAGGAUUCCAGUCAAAUUGAAUUACUGAAGGAAUUAAUGGAUCUUCAGAAGGAUAUGGUUGUCAUGUUGCUGUCUAUGCUGGAAGGUAAUGUUGUGAAUGGAACUAUUGGCAAGCAGAUGGUCGAUAUGCUUGUGGAAUCGUCCAACAAUGUGGAGAUGAUUCUGAAGUUUUUUGAUAUGUUCUUAAAAUUGAAGGAUUUGACUUCCUCUGAUGCAUUCAAAGAAUAUGACCCUGAUGGUAAAGGGAUAAUUUCAAAGAGGGAUUUUCACAAGGCAAUGGAAAGCCAUAAGCAUUACACUCAGUCUGAAACUGAGUUUCUGCUGUCAUGUGCUGAAACAGAUGAGAAUGAGACUCUGGACUAUGAGGAGUUUGUGAAACGAUUCCAUGAACCUGCCAAAGACAUUGGUUUCAAUGUUGCUGUUCUCCUGACCAACCUGUCAGAACACAUGCCCCAUGACACCCGCUUGCAAACUUUUCUUGAACUGUCAGAGAGUGUGCUGAAUUACUUUCAGCCUUUCCUUGGACGCAUAGAAAUCAUGGGCAGUGCAAAACGCAUUGAACGAGUUUAUUUUGAAAUAAGUGAGUCAAGUCGGACGCAGUGGGAGAAACCUCAGGUAAAAGAGUCAAAGAGACAAUUUAUAUUUGAUGUUGUAAAUGAAGGAGGGGAGAAAGAAAAGAUGGAGCUUUUUGUUAAUUUCUGUGAGGAUACCAUCUUUGAAAUGCAACUGGCUGCUCAGAUCUCUGAGUCAGACCUGAAUGAAAGGUCAGCAAAUAAAGAGGAGAAUGAGAAAGAUAAGCCUGAGGAACAGGAUCCUAGAAUGGGUUUCUUCUCUCUUGUGACCAUGAAGUCAGCAUUAGUAGCUCUCAAGUAUAAUUUAAUGACUCUCAUGAAAAUGCUCAGCAUGAAGAGCCUAAAGAAACAGAUGAAAAAAGUGAAGAAAAUGACCAUGAAGGACAUGGUCAUGGCUUUGUUUUCUUCCUAUUGGAGCAUUUUGAUGGGCUUACUACAUUUUGCUUGUAGUGUUGUCCGGGGCUUCUUUCGUAUCAUAUGCAGUUUGCUGCUUGGGGGAAGCCUAGUAGAAGGAGCAAAGAAAAUCAAAGUGGCUGAACUAUUAGCUAAUAUGCCAGAUCCCACUCAGGAUGAGGUGCGUGGGGAAGGAGAAGAGGGGGAGAGGAAGCCAACAGAAGCUGCAUUGCCUACAGAAGACUUGACAGAUCUGAGAACUUUAUCAGAUGAGAGUGAUCUACUCUCAGAUAUAUUUGGUUUGGAUUUGAAACGAGAAGGUGGACAGUAUAAAUUGAUCCCUCACAAUCCAAAUGCUGGUUUGAGUGAUUUACUGAGCACUCCAUCCUUAGCUCCAAUGCCUGAGGUGCAGGAAAAAAUCCAGGAGCAGGUGAAAGAAGAUGAAAAGGAAGAGAAGGAGGAAACAAAAUCUGAACCUGAAAAAGCAGAAGGAGAGGAUGGAGAAAAAGAAGAGAAAGCCAAGGAAGACAAAGGGAAACAGAAAUUAAGACAACUUCAUACUCACAGAUAUGGAGAACCAGAAGUUCAGGAAUCAGCUUUCUGGAAGAAAAUCAUUGCCUACCAACAGAAGCUUCUUAAUUAUUUUGCACGAAACUUUUACAACAUGAGGAUGUUGGCGUUGUUUGUUGCUUUUGCCAUCAACUUCAUCCUGCUUUUCUAUAAGGUCUCCACCUCUGCUGUGACAGAAGAAAAGGAAGUUCCUGUGGUAUCUGCUGGUGAAAGUACCAAGUUGAACAGCCUGGAAAGUGACAACCAGAGGGUCAUUGCAGUGCAUUAUGUCCUGGAAGAAAGCAGUGGCUACAUGGAGCCCACGCUGCGGAUUUUGGCCAUCCUACACACAGUCAUCUCAUUCUUCUGCAUCAUAGGGUAUUACUGUUUGAAAGUUCCACUGGUUAUUUUUAAGAGAGAAAAGGAAGUGGCAAGGAAAUUGGAAUUUGAUGGGCUGUAUAUAACUGAACAGCCAUCAGAAGACGAUAUUAAGGGACAGUGGGAUAGACUUGUAAUCAACACACAGUCUUUCCCAAAUAACUAUUGGGACAAAUUUGUGAAAAGAAAGGUCAUGGAUAAAUAUGGUGAGUUCUAUGGCCGUGACAGGAUCAGUGAGUUACUAGGAAUGGACAAAGCUGCUCUCGAUUUUAGUGAUGCUCGAGAAAAGAAGAAACCAAAGAAGGAUAGCUCCUUAUCUGCUGUGCUAAAUUCCAUUGAUGUUAAGUAUCAGAUGUGGAAAUUAGGAGUUGUUUUCACUGAUAAUUCUUUCCUUUACCUAGCGUGGUACAUGACCAUGUCAGUCCUUGGCCAUUACAACAAUUUUUUCUUUGCUGCUCAUCUCCUUGACAUUGCAAUGGGAUUCAAGACAUUACGAACUAUCCUGUCGUCAGUGACCCACAACGGCAAACAGCUUGUCCUAACAGUGGGAUUACUGGCAGUAGUAGUAUACUUGUAUACAGUAGUGGCGUUCAAUUUUUUCCGCAAGUUCUACAACAAGAGUGAAGAUGGUGAUAUGCCAGACAUGAAAUGUGAUGAUAUGCUAACAUGCUACAUGUUUCACAUGUACGUUGGAGUACGUGCAGGUGGAGGCAUUGGUGACGAAAUAGAGGAUCCAGCAGGAGAUGAAUAUGAAAUCUAUCGGAUUAUCUUUGACAUCACUUUCUUCUUCUUUGUGAUUGUCAUCCUGCUUGCAAUUAUUCAAGGUUUAAUUAUUGAUGCUUUUGGUGAGUUAAGAGAUCAGCAAGAGCAAGUUAAAGAAGACAUGGAGACGAAGUGCUUUAUCUGUGGAAUAGGAAAUGACUACUUUGAUACAGUGCCCCAUGGCUUUGAAACACACACACUGCAGGAGCACAACUUGGCCAAUUAUUUGUUUUUUCUGAUGUAUCUUAUUAACAAAGAUGAAACAGAGCAUACAGGACAGGAAUCCUAUGUAUGGAAAAUGUAUCAAGAACGGUGCUGGGAGUUUUUCCCUGCUGGUGAUUGCUUCCGAAAACAGUAUGAAGACCAGCUCAACUAAGCAGAGAUGAGGAUUUCCAGGCGAAAAUAUGUCCAUGUAUUUCCCAACUCUUUUGGGAAUGUCUAACAUUUCUUCAGUCCCCAAAGCUGUGUGCUUUUUGGAGCACCAAAGCUCUGUUUUUAAUGACCCAACUGCACUUUUAUUUUCUUGUGUAUUUGCUUUGAGAACACUGGAGUAAUGAACAAUGAAAAAUAACAGCAGCUCUGGAAAACAAACCAACCACUUGCACACACAAAAGAUAUCCCUAUACAUAACAUGCACACAUAAGAAGAGACUUGAGACAGCUUAUUUCUGAAACUGCCAGCUGAUGCCCUUGUCUAUAAGAUCACACAUGGGGUGACAUGGUAGCAACACUCAUUCAAUCUGUUUAUUUCAUCAUUCUAGAAGGAACUAUAUGUAGUUCGCAGAGCACUGUAAAAGAUUGUUGUGGACACUAAGAUGUGGGGAAAUAGUGCCUUACUAUAUGUGGGUUGAGCUAUGCAGAAGAUGAGUGCAUGAUGACAUAAUUUUUUUUUUUCUUUAUGUCUUCCCUUUCUUCCAACUUAAUAUUUAUUU